GCAGCCAGCUGUGAGGGGGAGCACAGAAAAAAAAAACUUCUAGAAAAGUACUUAAGGAGACAAAGAGCCGUUACCUCCAACUUCAUCCUCUGCAACAGGUUGGCAACUUCAUAAUCACUGUAUUGGAAAGAGCAGACUUUUCUUCUUCUGAGAGUUUUUACUGGUCAUUCAGGUCUUCCUCCCUUUUUCUGCAUCAUGUUGCACCCACUUGCAGUUUGCUACCUCUUGUCUACCCUGGUGAGCACGUGGGUGCUGUGCAAUGCACAGUCAGACUCUGGCAACCCUGUAAUCCAGCUACGUCUAGCAGGAGAGAAAAAGAAACACUAUGAGGGCCGAGUGGAAGUUUACUACAAUGGAGAGUGGGGUACAGUGUGUGACGAUGACUUCUCCAUCUAUGCUGCCCAAGUGGUCUGCAGACAGCUGGGUUUCAUGGAUGCUGACUCCUGGUCACCGUCUGCCAAAUAUGGAAAAGGGGAAGGUCGUAUCUGGCUAGACAAUGUGCACUGCACAGGUGGAGAGAAGAGCCUCGCUCAGUGUCAGUCCAAUGGUUUCGGAGUAUCCGACUGCAAACAUUCAGAAGAUGUCGGGGUUGUGUGCACGCAGAAGCGCAUUCCAGGCUUCAAGUUCAUCCGGAACCAGGCCAAUGAGGAGGGUUUGACAGUGCAGGUGGAGGAAGUGAGGAUCAGGGCCACAUACUCUCACAGAAAAAGGAUUCCCAUCACAGAGGGCUUUCUGGAGGUGAAAGAAGGAGGCAAGUGGAGACAGAUUUGUAACGAGGAGUGGACAGAGAUGAACAGCAGGGUCAUCUGUGGCAUGUAUGGCUUCCCUGGGGAGAAACGCUUUAAUGUCCGACCCUACAAAUUGUUGGCAAAGCGCCGUAAGAAGAACUACUGGGGUUUCUCUGUCAACUGCACAGGCAACGAGGCCGAACUUUCUGAUUGCAAACUGGGCGGAGAGAUUGAGCUGAAGGGCAACAGCACAUGUCAGAGGGGCAUGCCUGUAGUUGUCAGCUGUGUGCCUGGACGAGCCUUUGCUCCAAGCGUCAGCACCGGUUUCAGCAAGGCCUACAGAAUGGAGCAACCCUUGGUACGACUAAAGGGCGGAGCCAUGAUAGGUGAGGGGCGAGUGGAGGUGCUGAAGAACGGUGAGUGGGGAACUGUUUGCGACGAUAACUGGAACAUCAGAGCAGCUACGGUGGUGUGUCGUGAGCUGGGAUUCGGCAGCGCUAAAGAGGCCCUGACCGGCGGCAGAAUGGGACAAGGAAUUGGGCUGGUCCACAUGAACGAAGUGGAGUGCUCUGGGUGAAAGUCUCUGACUGAGUGUUUUAACCGUGAAUCUGCGGGCUGCAGCCAUGAGGAAGAUGCUGCAGUCAGGUGUAAUAUUCCUGCCAUGGGAUUUAACAGCAGGCUUCGGUUAAAUGGGGCCGUAUCCAUUUGAGGCCGUGUGGAGGUUUUGACAGAGAGGAAUGGCUCCCUGGUGUGGGGUACUGUGUGCAGUGAAAGCUGGGGAACCAUUGAGGCCAUGGUUGUGUGCAGACAACUGGGCCUGGUUGCAAGCCAUGCUUUCCAGGAGACAUGGUACUGGCAAGGAGAUGCAUCAGCUGACGCUGUGGUGAUGAGCGGGGUGAGAUGUUCAGGAACUGAGCUGACUCUGGAUCAGUGUCUGCAUCACGGGAAACACAUUAUCUGUCCAAGAGGAGGUGGACGCUUUGCUGCGGGGGUUUCUUGUACUCAGACGGCUCCAGACCUCGUUCUGAGUGCUCAGGUUGUGGAGCAGACCACCUACCUGGAAGACAGGCCCCUUUAUGCCCUGCAGUGUGCCCAGGAGGAGAACUGUCUGUCCAGCAGUGCUGACAAAGCGGAUUCCAGCUCCUACCGCCGCCUUCUCCGCUUCUCCUCCCAGAUCCAUAAUAACGGCCUUUCAGACUUCAGACCACGGGCAGCACAUCACUCUUGGAUCUGGCAUGAAUGUCAUAGACAUUACCACAGUAUGGAAGUUUUCACCCACUAUGACUUGCUGAGUCUAAACGGCACUAAAGUGGCAGAAGGACACAAAGCCAGCUUCUGUCUGGAGGACACCCAUUGUGACGAGGGUAUUCAGAAGAGGUACGAAUGUGCAAACUUUGGCUCACAGGGCAUCACAGUUGGCUGCUGGGACACCUACAGACACGACAUAGACUGCCAAUGGAUCGACAUCACAGAUGUGCAGCCUGGCGACUACAUCUUCCAGGUUGUGAUAAACCCAAACUAUGAGGUUGCAGAAUCAGAUUACACCAACAACAUUAUGAAGUGUCGCUCCCGGUACGAUGGACAUCGGAUAUGGAUGUACAACUGUCAUAUAGGUGGCACACUAAGUUCAGAUAUGGAGGACACAUUUCCUGGACUGCUGAACAACCAGCUUUCACACAGGUAGACCCCGGGAUGGACUAGACAAAUGGACAGCAUCAGGGAAGCGUAUACACAUAUUUGACAACCACUACAGGGAGCUGUGUGAUUUUGCUUCCUUGAAGCGCUGCUGGAUCGUUGCUCAAUGGGAAAAUCAACUGCUUGCUUUCUAAAUCCAUUUAUCACCUUCAGCUCCACAAGCUCUAUAUCUUAUUAGGAUAUGUGAUAAGGAUUGCUGCCAGAUAACUUAUUCAACUAACUGUGUG